UUGAUAUUUUCCUUCUUUUUUCGUCAUGUACCGACUCACAUGUAUUUGAGAACGAGAAACGAUCACGAAAGAAACCACGAGAAAUAUGGUGGUUACAAGAGGACUUUAGAUUGGUGUUCUUUUGUUCUUAUAAUUCAUGUGAAUAGUAACAAAUGUUGAAGAUUUCUUGUGUAUAAAUUAUUGCAAACUCAGGACGAUUCCUUGGAAAUGUCUUCAAUGCAUUUUGUGGUUCAACCCUUACCUGGAACAGAAGAUCAAUUGAUAGAUAGACUCAAGGAAGUAGCAGAACGUUGGAAUAGAUAUGGGACUGGAGCUGGAUCAUCAGCACUCAGUUCCUUGAGAGGAGUGCGUGCUGUAGCAGCAGGUCCAGCUCAUAUAGCUUGCCUACUUGAAGAUGGAACAAUAUGUCGAGCUGCAUUUUCCAUCAUUCCGGAUCGAUUGGAUCUGAGCAAGGCAGAUGCAAGUAAAAAUGGCGGUAAUGGUGGAGGUGGAAGUGGUGGCGGCGGAACUGGAGGAGGAAAGCAAGGGGGCAGUGGAGGAGGUUGUGGCUCUAGGCAACAGCCUCGGACAAGAGCCCGUAUUAUGAGAAAUUCAAUUCGCGCUGCACCUAGUUCUCAAGGGUCUACAAGCCGUGCGACUGGAGUUAUUAUUGGAGCAUCAAGUUCAGGGCGAGUGGUCUCUGUGCCAGCCCCAUUUGUUCCAGAGGAUCUCGUCACACAGGCUCAAGUUGUCCUACAAGGGAAAAGUAGGAGCCUUAUUAUCAGAGAACUACAGCGCACAAAUCUGGACGUAAACCUGGCGGUCAACAACUUGCUAUCUCGAGAUGACGAAGAAGGGGAAGAGCCUGAGGGUGGCGAGGGCGGCGAUGGUUACGUGCCUGAGGACCUCAUCUCACUACUCGACGGCGGCUUCCACGCAGCGCAGCAGGACCAGUCCGUCAUCAUUGACGCAGACAUGUUCUCUGAGGACAUCUUCGGGUACGCGGCUAUCAGAAGUCGCAGUGGAGGUGGUGGCAGCAGUAGCGGCGGCCGCGGAGGCGCCAGUCGCGAGAGCAGCAGCUCUACUCAGGAGCGUCCAUCGGAAUUCAGCAGGUGGCGCGAGCGGCAAUAUUUUGGUCCUCGCAGGUGGCUCGAGUCGGCACUCCGUGAUACUUCUUGGGAUAAAGAUGGAGGUGAAAAUAAGAAAAAGGAUUCUGCAAUGGCAGCAUCGCCACUUUGGGUUUCUGAAGAACUGGAGUACUGGGAAAGCAACAUACGCUUCACACAUAUUGCAGCUACUUACAGUGAGCUUGUUGCUGUCUCUACACAUGGUCAGCUGCAUCAGUGGCGUUGGGCUGACGCUCAUCCCUAUCAGCGUAAUGAUGCAGGUGCGAUUAGUGCAUUUCACCCACGCUCCAGCUGGCUAGGUCUGUUGCCUGGAGAGCGCAUCACGCACAUCAGCGCAGCUGGAAUACGGGUCUCUGUGCUCACAGAUACUGGCAGGGUGGCUACUUUCCUCGAUGAGUCCAUUGCCCAUGCUCCCGGGGCAUCACGACUGGAACAUCCCCUACAAACAUUCACGGAAUUUGGAUCUGACAAAACGAUAUCGCUUCAUGUAUGCUCUUUGUACACUGUCGCGAGACUGGAAUCUGGAGCACUUUAUUGGUGGGGUGUACUCCCAUUGGGUCAACGUGCCCGUCUAUGGGAGAAACAUCGCGCCCGCUCUCGCAAGCAGCAGCGCGGUCACUCGUCGACGACACCGCAGGAUCUGCAGGCCGGACAGAACGUCACUAUGAAGAAUGCUCCGAUGUAUCAACCAGGAGCCAUUGGUUUUAACAUGUCCACCGGCGUACCGAAAGUAGGCGUGCUGCAGAAUGCUGCAUGGAAUUUGUCAGACAUGUGUCGCUUUAAACUUCUGCCACCACCGCAGCCUGAUCGGUCUGUUUCAGACAAGGACAAGAGAGACUUACAGAAUCAAUCUCCAUUAACAGUGUCUUCAGUAAAGGCGUCAUCAUCUAGCGGAAGCGGCAAGGAAGCUGGGAAGGAUAGCAACAAAGACAUGGCUGAUCGACUCGACAUGCCCCCGCCGCCCAGCCCUGCCUCGUCUACUUGCAGCGAUACUAGCACCUCUCACAAACGUGCAAAACGUGUGACUGUUCGUGGCGAAGAAGGCUCAUCCAACGAUGGCUCCAAACGGGACGAAGAGGAGUGGCCGCUCAAAGAAGUAGUUUUCCUGGAGGAUGUCAAAAGUGUGCCACUAGGCCGCGUGUUGAAAGUUGACGGCGCUUAUGCAGCUGUGCGAUUUCCUACUAUUGGAAAAGAUGGCAAAGAAAUAGUUCCUUCUACACCAGAUGAUUGGACUACGUUAUUGCAAGAUUGUCGACUAGUACGCAAGGAUGAUUUGAUCGCAGUUAAGUGGGGCGCAGGUGGGGCCGCUGGUCCGCGAGGACCGGAUUGCCUACAACGCUCACCAAGGAAAAUCGCACUGCCCCCUGACGUGCAGGUCAUCACCAUUGCUGUGGACAGUCGAGGAGUGCACGCGGUGGUUCGGCGGCCGGGAGGUGCGCUCGCUUAUGCUGUGUAUGCUGUGGGCACUACGCGAGCUCUAACCGACAGCACGUUUCCGACUGAUAACAAUGCAAUGCUUGGCUACUCAAAUGGGCAGGCGAUACAGUUAGCGACGGCCGCCGAGGGUAGCGAGCCGGUGGUGGUGAUGGUGGACGGCAAUGGCGCGCUGUACCCGGUGUCGCGCGACUGCGUGGGCAUGGUGCGCGAGCCGCCGCCGCUCAACCUGCCGCCGGCGCGCGCGCUGGCCGCGCACGCGCUGCCGCUGCACCCGCACUCGCACGCGCACUCCGCGCACGCCGCGCACUCGCACAGCGCGCUCAAGUCGCAGGUGGCGCUCAUUAUAUUGGUCCCGGAACCUCAACUUAUGAUGCCGCGAGUACUACGCUGCGACCUGGAAGGCGUGCGUCAACUGUUACACCAGCUGGAGUCCGACGUCAGCAAACAACAACAGAUUCUGUCGAUACUUCAAGAGCGUUGUGAUGGCAAUAGGAACAUAUUGCAUGCUUGUGUGCAUAUGUGUGCACCAACAUCCAAUAAGGAACCUGACAUAGUGGAAAAUCCUUCAAUGCCGAAUUUAGCAGGCAGUACGGGCGGUAGCGGCGCCAGCUCCGAGGAGACGGUGCCUGCAUUAGCAUGGCCACCUGAGUCCUUCGAAGCAUCUGGGGAUGAAGAUAGUUUGAUGGGACUUACAAAUAAUGGCAAAGUGAGCGGCAGUAACAACGGCGGCGGUGCAGUGAGUGCCGAUCCUGCUGAGCGACGCGGCAAUGCGCUAGCAGCCCUACGUGCACUCUGUGAAAGUACCGUGCUACAACCCUACAUGAUGCAACUGCUUACUUCUAAGGAUGGUAUGGGACAAACGCCUUUGAUGGCGGCGGUAUCAGAGCGCGCAUACCGUGCAGCUUUGGUCCUUCUGGACGCGAUCCGCGCUUGCCCUGACGUAGACGAAACCCAACGAUCGGUGGCCAUCUUCCCACCUAACGCCCACCCUGACCACUCACCAUUGUUUGUGUUAUGCUGCAAUGACACAUGCAGCUUUACUUGGACUGGACAAGAACACAUUAACCAGGACAUAUUUGAAUGUAAGACUUGUGGACUUACUGGAUCUCUGUGUUGCUGCACUGAAUGCGCGAAGGUUUGCCACAAAGGUCACGAUUGUAAACAGAAACAGACAUCGCCCACUGCGUAUUGCGAUUGUUGGGAAAAGUGUCGCUGCAAGGCACUGGUUGGCGGUAAUGGAGCCGCGCGAUUCGAUCUACUCGCUAGGCUCGCUAGAGAUACUCAACUUGCGACACAUUUCAAUUCGAGAGGGGAGUCCAUCCUGCUGUUCCUGGUACAGACAGUGGGUCGACAGGCAGUGGAGCAGCGUCAGUUCCGCGCUGGCGGUGGCCGGGGCCGCGGACCACGUAAGCAGCCCGGUUCUGACGCCGAGGUGGAUGCUCCCGAUCACGAUCUCGAACCGCCGCGAUUCGCAAGACGAGCGCUCAUGCAUUUGCUGGGCGACUGGUCUUCGGUGGAGGCAGCGGUGAUGUGUGGCGCAAGUGGUGGAGAAACAGAGACGCGGCCCGGCAGUCCGCCGCCGCACCAGUCCGGCACCACGCUCCUAGACAAGUUUACGCAUGCGCUUAUCGUUAAGUGCACCAACGAGACUCUAGAUAUAUUACUGAACACCCUGAAUCAAGAACAACAGAAUGACUCAAUACCGGGACGGGCGGAGCGCGCUCGCGAGGUGGCGCGUCGAUUCGUGAGAUCUGUUGUUAGGAUAUACGUUAUAUUCAGUGUUGAAAUGGCCCCGGGCGCUGCUAAGAAGAAAGGACCAUUGACUAUAACUUCAUCACUCGUCCGCUGUCGACGAGCAUUCGCUGCACUCGUGACCCUCGCAGUGGAGGAACUAGUGGAGGCGGCAGACGCUCUCUUGGCCCCGGUGAGGCUCGGCGUCGUUCGCCCUACCGCACCAUUUCCUCUCGCCACUACUUACGGUGAACUCGUCACUGGCAGUGAAGAUUUAUUUGGAGUGGAGCCACUUUCCACUGGACAUUCACGGCUUGCGCAUACACGCAGGGAGUCUAAUGCAAACGGAGGGCGUGGUGCCGCGGCAGGCGGCACAUCGAUGGGUAGUUCAACAUUAGUUCCGGACAGGUCUUCGACCCCCGUCGCGACAGAGUAUGCAGAUGAUGUUGCUGGUGAAGCCUUAGGAGGGGAUGACGACGCCUCAGAGACCGAUGAGCCAAACGUUCCAGCCCCUGUUCCACCAGCUGACGCUCAGCAUCAUGAUGAUGUUAUAAGCGACAGAGCUCAAGAACAGCAUGUGGUGGUAGAAAACGGUACAGAACGUGCAGAAGGCGGCGAAAGUGAAAGUGAAUUGGAUUUACUAGCAGAAGUCGAGACUGAAAGUGAUUCUGAUGAUCAAGACAAUGCUGAGUCUGCACAGCGUAGUGUACAAACUGGGGCUACUCAAGGUUCUGAUGCUGGCAUAGCGUCGCUGUUGCUAUACCCGGAAGACGAAAGCGGCGACUCUACGCAGCCGGAGGACGAGGACUCUGAAGCUGGCGAGACGGACGAGCAGGAUGGUGAGGCCGAGCCGCCACUACACGACGGCGAACCGCUAGAGAGACGCACCGCACCGCCGUCACGUCCUAACCUCGCGCCCCACUCUAUGCAGUGGGCUAUACGCAACCGGGAGCCGAGCCGCGGCGCGAGUAGCAGCGCGAGCGGUGUUCGCCUGUCGGGCGGCUCUUCGCUUGUAUUCAUCGAUCCCGCCACGUUGCGCCGCUCGGCCGCCGCCGCUGCUGCCGGCGCCCACGACCCACACUCCACCUCCACGACCGCUUCUUGUUUGGCGAGAGCCUUUGGUAUUGUCAUUCGUCAAAUAGCUGAUCUCAUAUGGGAGUUCGAGCGUUUGACUCUGCCCUUACCGCGUGUUGAGAGACUGUCGUACAGGGAGGCGCUGCGUUUGCAAUGUUAUCUCGAGAGACAACUGAAGCCUACUUGGGACUGGCUUGUCACUGUUAUGGACGCGACAGAGGCACAACUGAGAUUUGGCGCCUCUCUGACUUCAAACAAUGCGGGAAAUGCAAGCACGGACAGCAGUCGCGCUAGUGUUCCCGCUGCCAGACGCACUACGUCCUUCACUUCGCCUGCAACUCGUAUUAUCGGUUUUUCAGAAGGACCUAGGUCGAGAGAUCGCGAACAAGGCGUGGAGGCGGGCAGCGCCCGGCGCGAGUUCCUGGCGUACUGCCUGUCGCUGCUGCGCGCGCACAGCGCCGAGCACGCGGAGCAGCUGCCGGUGCUGGACGUGGCCGCGCUCAAGCACGUCGCUUACGUGCUCGACGCGCUCGUCUACUACAUGCGCGCCGCGCAGCCGCAGCCGCACCACCACCACCACCACCUCUGGCCAUCGGACGAAAAUGAAAAUGAAGAGGGUGAUGAAGAAAUGGUAGUAGGUGGAGGAGCCGCCGUGGAAUCGGACAACGAGGGUGAUGGCGCUCGCGGUCGAGCUCAUGCAUUUUUCCAAAGAUCUGACUCUACACUGUGUUUAGGAUGCCCACCACCAGACCCAUUUAACAUGACAAUGCAAGAGGCCUUGCCGCUAGCGGAUCAACCUCAACUGCUGCAACCCAACGCGCGGCGCGAGGAACUAUUCGGCAUGCCGCGCCAACCUGUUACCGUGCCCGCCUCUGGGGAUGCUCCGCCCGGCGUCAAUAACCCGCUUGAAGUGGUGCCACGGCGGUUGGGCUUAUCGACCCGCAGCACUGAGCGCGGGUGGUCACCGCCUGCUCGGCCCGCUUCUGCGCCGCCAGCACACUCACACACACUGACCAGGGACGAGCCACAGGAUCUUUCAUGCACAAAGGAUACGACAACAAAAAUGGACAUAGACACAGAUGGAGAAUAUUUAUCUGAUUCAGACUCGAAUGAAGCUCGGCAGAUAUCACGGAAAAAGCAUCACAGACAUCCACACUCGGUGACAAUGUCAGCUGGCAACAGUUCUCUGCAGGAUUUGAACCAGCAACCCUCGGAGUUUCAUACGCUCGUCAAUACCGCGUGCUCUAUUAUUGAAGCGCCGCACCAGCAGACUUUAGCUACGCCUUCUCCAGGUCCCAGCAGUAGCGCUGUGGCGGAGCCUCGUGCUUCGUCCUCGCGCAGUCCUGGCAAGAGCGUUAUUGUACGUGCUGGUGAAUUAUUGAGCGCGGCCGACCCUCUUGAAUCACAAGAAAUAUCUGCACACGUUACUGUCGAGACUACAGGCUUACCUCCGCCACCACUUCUGCCGCCGCUGACACCAUCAGUACAACCGCGUACAUGCCCAUCGCUGGGUGCAUCUGUGUCUCACGAUUUGCUAUUGGGCCGCUGGCGAUUGUCGCUCGAUCUGUUUGGUCGAGUGUUCACCGAGGAUGUCGGACUAGAGCCCGGCUCAGUCGUCGCCGAGCUUGGCGGUUUCCCUGUCAAGGAAGUGAAGUUCCGCCGAGAUAUGGAGAAGUUGAGAAAUGCACAGCAAAGAGACUUAACCUUGCACAAGAUGGAACGCGAUCGCGCCAAAUUGCUGCAACAAACAUUCGCGGAGCUGAAUAGCGCGUUCGCUGGACAAAACCGGCGCGCGCAUAGCGGACACCCGCCGCUCGCCGUCAACCGCGUCAAAGUCACUUUCCGCGACGAGCCCGGCGAGGGGAGCGGAGUCGCACGCUCCUUCUACACCAGCGUCGCUGAGGCCUUACUUGCUAAUGAAAAACUACCACCGUUGGAGCCGACAACGGGUAGUGGUUUGCUACCACCAAGCAGCAGCACAAAUGGCACUUCUGGCUCUACCGCCUCGGGAGCCAACACUGGUGGAAGUGCUAGCGGCAACAAUGGAACUCGGAGCGGCGCGGGGCGAGCGCGAUCGAAAGAAGCAGCGAGACGAGCGCCGGGUCGGCCGGCACCGCGGCCGCCCGCAGCACGCGAACCGCGCCGGCUGCUCAGCGUUGACGCCAGGCCCUACUCACCACAGGCCGCACCCGGUACCGAAGGCGCAGGAUACAGCGGAGAUCGACCGGGAGGAGGACAUAACGAACAUCUCACGCUUCAUCAAGCUCAGCUCGGUGAACGAUUAUAUCCUAAGGUUCAUUCACUUCAUCCAACUUUCGCCGGUAAAAUAACCGGUAUGUUGCUAGAAUUGACACCGGCGCAGCUGCUAGUACUGCUCGCUAGUGAAGAUGCGCUACGGCAAAAAGUGCGCGAAGCGAUGGAUCUCAUUGUUAUGCAUCCUUCUGAGGCAAUACUUGAUUUGGAUGUGUUUUCGCUAUCGGAGCGCGGUCGCGGUGGGGCUGGAAGCGCGGGCGCUGGAGGCGGCGGCGGCGGCAGUGGCGGCGGAGCGGCAGGAGCAGGGCCUUCCACGCCAGCGACGGCCGCCGACGACGCGGCGCCGCUGUUCUACUCGCCCGGCAAGCGCGGCUACUACUCACCGCGACAGGGACGCGCUACGCCCGAGCGGAUCAAUGCUUUCAGAAACGUUGGCAGAAUAAUUGGGCUGUGUUUACUACAAAACGAAUUGUGUCCGAUGUUCUUGAAUCGACAUGUACUGAAGUAUGUCCUAGGCCGACCAGUGCGGUUCCAUGACUUAGCAUUUUUCGAUCCUGUUGUCUACGAAAGUCUCAGACAGCUCGUGGUUGAUGCAGAGACAGGCGACUCCCAUUCACUCUUUGCAGCUCUUGAUCUCAACUUUAGCUUGGAAAUGUGCGAAGAGGAAGGAGGUGGUUGCGUGGAACUGGUGCCUGGAGGACGAGAACUAGAAGUGACAGCACUGAAUGUGUAUGACUAUGUUCGCAAGUACGCACAGCACCGGAUGCUGCUCUCGCAAGAGAAAGCACUUGAGGCAAUGCGCGUAGGCGUACUCGACGUGUUACCAGAGUCGGCGCUGGAGGGUUUGACUGCAGAGGACUUGCGUCUUCUUUUGAAUGGUGUGGGCGAUAUAAACGUAGCAGCACUCGUCUCCUAUACGAGUUUUAACGACGAGAGCGGCGAGCCGCCGGAACGCCUUGCGCGGUUUAAGCGUUGGCUCUGGGCCAUAGUAGAUAAAAUGACUCAUCUCGAAAGACAAGACUUAGUGUAUUUCUGGACUGGAUCUCCCGCGCUGCCUGCAUCCGAAGAAGGUUUCCAGCCGAUGCCUUCAGUGACAAUUCGACCUGCCGAUGAUGCUCACCUGCCCACCGCCAACACGUGCAUAUCGCGGCUCUAUAUUCCACUCUAUUCGUCGCGGCAUGUGCUUAAGCACAAAUUAUUGCUCGCUAUCAAAACUAAGAACUUCGGCUUCGUCUAAAUACUCGCUGCCAUUGUGUAUAUUCUUUGGUUUUAAACCCAUUCAUGUAAGACUGCUUUUAAAUCUUGUUGAUUUAAUAGGAUCGUAUUUGUUCUGCAACAAUGAUUCAUGAACAUCUUGUGUUGUAAUAAACUUGUAGUACUUAGUACAAACCUACAAAACUGUGUAUGUUUUGUAUUAAAAAUAUUAUAUCAGACUAUACAAAUCAUUGACUAAGCAUGAUUGGGUAUAAUUGACUGAAUAGUUAAUAUUCAAAUAUGCAGUAGUUUUUUUUCUAUUUCUACAAACCGACACGAAGGUCUGCACAAGUACACAGUAGUAGUUGAACUAUUAAAAACAUAGCCCAUAAGUAUUUAAAUGCUAUAUCGAAAACUAAACGUAGCUCACAGGAUUGCUAUUGUACAGCAUUUUUUUUUUAAAUAAAGCCUCACAAAAUUUUCUGUUGAUACUAUGGAAGUAAGGGCCUAAUUUAAUAGAGCAUAUUUGAUUGCCUCCUUGAUUAUUUAUUUUCAUCUUUGCUUAACAGGAGAUAAAGGCAGCGUGAUUUGAAAUAUUCAAGAAUAUCUGUAACUGUUUAUAUAGCUUUGUUAUAUAGUUAAAAUUAUAUAAGAUAAUAGAGUAUAAUGGGGUAUUCUACAGUAACGUUUGAGAGCUUGGGUAGUGGCGUAAGAUCCGAGCAUUGUGGGUUUUGUGAUAUCAGAGGAAGUAUUUAUGCGCCUCAACAUCUACAAUUAAGAUUAUUAUAAUUAGAUUUCUUUUGAUUAGUUAUAUUGAUAUGGUUCAUAAUAAACAAUUCUCAAAAUGCU